CCCUCGUCCCACUCUCCACUUCCGCUCCUGCGCACUGUGGCUGGCGUGGAGGACAUGGCUACUUCCCGCUUACCCCCAGCGACACUAACGCUAAAGCAGUUCGUGAGAAGGCAGCAAGUCCUCCUUCUCUACAGAAGGAUUUUGCAAGCCAUUCGGCAAGUUCCAAAGGAUUCUGAUCGCAAAUACCUGAAGGACUGGGCAAGGGAAGAAUUCAAAAGAAACAAAAGUGCCACUGACGAGGUUACAAUCCGGAUGAUGAUUACACAAGGCAACAUGCAGCUCAAGGAGUUAGAAAGAACACUUGCUUUAGCAAAAUCUUAACUAUAGCAUUAUCCUGAAAGAUUUUCAAGGUCUCCAUGUGUUUUUUGAGCUUAGGCUCAACGACAGGCAGCCCAAAGUCAAGUCAAACUGUAUGUACAACACUCCAGCAGAAUAUCAGAACGUGGAGCAUGGCACGUCACAGAGGGCAAAGAAAAGCUGCACUGGAACAAUUUCCUUAGCACUGAAAAACAUACUCUGUAUUUUGAAAAUGUUUCUGGAUUUGUCAGCAGUUUUUGUAAGAAGCAAAAACCAGUACAAGAAAUGGUCAAUUAGCACAGUGGUCGGCAAACUGCGGCCCCUUGAGUGUGGCUCUUCCACAAAAUACCACGUGCGGGCACGCACGUACAGUGCGAUUGAAACUUCGUGGCCACACUCAAGGGGCCAAAGAGCCGCAUGUGGCUCGUGAGCCGCAGUUUGCCAACCACUGAAUUAGUACAUAAAAAAAAUACUCAACACCAUUAUUCAUCAGGGAAAUGCAAAUCAAAACCACAAUGAGAUACUACACAUCCACCACAUGCACUGGAAUGGCUGUAAUCAAAAAGGGAGAUAACUACUAAUGGGGAAGAUGUGGAGAAAUCGGAACCCUCAUCUAUUGCUGGUGGGAACAGAAAAUAGAGCAGCUGCUUUGGAAAACGGACUGUCAGCUGCUCAAAAGGUUAAACAUAGUUACUUGAUUCAGCAGGUUUACUCCUAGGUUUCAACCAACAAAACUAAAAACACAUGUCUACAAAACACGUGUACACAAAUGUUCAUAGCAGCAUUAUUUCAUAAUAGCCCAAAACAAUCCAAAUGCCCACCAACUGAUAAACAAGUAAAUAAAAAAUGUGGUAUAUCUAUACAAUAAAACAUUCGGCAGUAAAAAGGAGUGAAGUACUGAUACGUGCUACACACGAAUGAACCUUGAAAACACUAAGUAAAAGAGGCCAGUCGCAAAGGAUCACAUAUUGUAUGAUCCCGUUUAUAGGAAACGUGUGGGAUAGGUAGAAAGAUCAGUGGUUGCUAGGGCUCUGGAUGUAAUGGAGAGUAACUGGAUAUGGGGUUUCUUGUUGGGGUGAUGAAAACAUUGUAAAGUUAGGUUUUGGUUGCAUAACUCUGAAUAUACUAAAACCCAUGAAAAUGUAUAUUUUAUAUGUAUCCUAUGGGAAUUAUACCUAAUAAAGCUGUUUCUUUUUCAUUUUUAAAAAUUAAAAUAUAAUUGGCAUAUAACAUUGUAUAAGUCAAUGAAGCUGUUUUGGAAAACAGUAUGACAGGUAGGAUUGGGGGUGUA